GAACUGCUUCAUAGAACAUUCAGAAGACUGGAAGUGUGGUGCUCGCUCUGGUGUCCUCGCUGGUAGCACUUCUGUUGACACCAGAAGCUUUGAAAUCUCUAUGCAGGAUGAAAUGUAACAACAAUCAACCGAGAGGGAACAAUCCGGUGCGAUUCCUGUCAGGUGAGCACCCGGCCGACCUUUGCCGAGUGAGCCGGGGUCGCUCCGGUUCGCAGGCGUCCAGCUCUGUGCGCUGGAGGACUUUUCGACCAUGUCAGACAAGAAGAUGUCCAACGAAGGCAAACUCUGCUCAAGUCCGACGUUGCGGUUCCACGCGGGUCAGAUUCUCCUGGAAACCUGUGGGAUGGAGAGGCUGCUGAGGAAAUGUCGGAUCAGAAGCCAACUGGUGAGGGAGUGCAUGGCCGAAUGCCUCGGCGUCUACGUCCUGAUUCUGUUUGGAUGUGGCUCCGUUGCCCAGGUGACCACGACUGAAGAUAAGAAGGGACAGUACCUGUCAAUCAAUCUGGGUUUCGCCAUGGGAGUAACUUUUGGGGUCUUUGUGUCUCGUGGAGUCUCAGGUGCCCAUCUGAACCCUGCAGUCACACUGAGCCUGUGUGUUUUGGGGAGACAUCCCUGGAUGAAGCUUCCUUUCUACGCGUUCUUCCAAGCACUCGGAGCCUUUCUGGCUGCAGCCACCGUCGGCCUUCAGUACUACGACGCCAUCAGGGUUUACGGCGGAGGCGAGCUGACGGUUACGGGCCCCACUGCCACAGCGGGCAUAUUCGCCACCUACCCAGCUGACUACCUCAGUGUGUGGGGAGGAGUCGUGGACCAGGUGAUUGGCACGGCGGCACUGCUGCUGUGUGUCCUGGCUCUUGGAGACCAGAAGAACAGCCCCGUCCCUGAUGGUCUUCAGCCCGUACUGGUGGGAGCGGCCGUGCUGGUCAUUGGCAUCUCGAUGGGCUCCAACAGCGGCUACGCCCUCAACCCCGCCAGGGAUUUUGGACCUCGACUGUUCACGUACAUCGCUGGCUGGGGAGUGGAGGUUUUCGAGGCUGGAGGUGGCUGGUGGUGGGUGCCCAUAGUGGCUCCCUGCGGCGGGGCGCUGCUGGGAACUCUGAUCUACGAGCUGAUGAUUGAAGUCCACCAUCCCCUCCGUCUAGCCGAAGAACAGAUGCCACGUCAGGAGCCCACUGAGGGCAAGAUGGGACUGGAGCUGGAGGAAGACUGUGAAAAAUCCACUUAGUGGUAAAAGGAAGAUGUGUCAAAGACGACGAACUGUUGAAUUAACAGUAAAUGGUACUUAAGGGCUUCUACCUAUUGAAGCUGUCUGCAUACGUGUUUACUGAUUAACAAGCAGUUCUCACAAUGUGACGUUUAGGUGGAAGGGAGGCAGAACCUGCGAACACAACCCUCCACUCUGCAGAUGAACUGGAUGCAUGAGUCAAUCUUCUCUUUUACACAUUUAUUUUGAAAACAGCACAAAAGUGUAUGGCAUUUAAGCAAGCAGACCACAACCAUGGAAAGAAAAUGACAUGAAAUUUCCACUAUUGAACUCUAUAAAUAUGAUACAAUGACAUAUAAAAGAUACAAACAAAUAAAUCCACUCUUAGGCCUCCAUCAUGUGACCAUGAAGAAUGUUUUGGAAACGUACAAAAGAAACGUGAGUACAGCAAGCACUGAAUCUGUAGAUAAAAAAAAAUAAUAACCGUCUCAAAGAGAUAAAUGUUUGUAAGACAACAUUAAGACAACACAACCUCCCGUAUCUCCCUCUGCUUUGUAAUUACAACGUAUAGCUACCUCUGGGAGGGACUUCUUUUAAAUCGUUUGGAGAAAAAAAAAAAAAAAA